CCUAAGGGUGAGAGUAAUAGUCCUAAGGGUGAGAGUAAUAGUUAAAUACAUUAAAAUAAAAUGGCCGAUGUCGAUGUCUUUAUAAGCAAUUACACCCUCGUCGACCCAGAGAUCUAUCAGCUAUGGAUCGAAGGAUUUUCGUCCAGCGAAGCUGUAUGUUAUUUAAAGCAGAAAGGAUUCGGACAUUCCAUGGGCGCUCCAAUUGACUUGAUUGCCUCUGAUGUUUUGGAUCACUAUCGUACUUAUUCGCUCAUUGAGCUCUACCUUCAUGCACCCACCAAAUUAAUGGAACAAUCAUGCUUUCAACUGGAAACUCACACACGAGACUUGAUCAUAGAAAAAUAUUAUUCGAUUGAUGAUGUGGUGGCUCGUGAGAUAUUAGGCAAAAAACUGACAUCCCGAUAUCGCAAGGAUCUGGAUGAAGUAGCUGAAAAGACAUGUGUCAAGCUGAAAUCAUGUCGUCGACAAUUUGACAAUGUUAAACGCAUUUUCAAAGCUGUGGAGGAGCUACCAGGAACUUUGACGAAUAACAUAAAACAUCUGUUCUUCAUCUCCAAUGAUCUGGCCAAGAAAUAUGCAUGCAUUGUAUUCUUGGCCUGCCUGCGCUUCGAGACGACAAAGAAAAAGUUGCAAUAUUUGAGUUUUGACGAUUUAUUAACCUGCUCGCACGCCAUAAUGAUCUAUUGGACGUAUACUUACCAGCACACGGGUCCGGAGUACUACGACACCGAAAUGGAUAAAGAAUUUCUUCUAGAUCUACGCGAAUUGCGCUGUCUGCUCGAUAAGGAAAAAGAGAUCAAACAUCUUGUCUGUUUCCGCCUCAAGCCUGUCCUGCUGGAACGUGCCUUUCACGAAUUGGACAACAAUUUUCGAUCAUAUUGGCGUGCUUUAAUUACAAUUGCCUGUAAUCUGCAUCGCAAUCGUGAAUUGCGUGAUCUCUUUGUUGAUCUCUGUGAGAAAUUAAUUGAUCCCUGGCGUCAGAACGGCUGGAAUCGUGAGCAAGUAAACAAAUUUCUUGCCUCUAUAACGCAGAGUGUCCUGGACCUGGAAAUAUCCAGAGAUCAAGAGACUCGAUGUUUGUGGGAUCGUUACAUGCAGGUCAUUACCAUAUGCUUGGAUAGAAUGUAUCAUAUUUAAAUUGUUUUGUUUUUGUGUGUUAUUUAUUUAGCAUUUCAUUUUUUCCCCCAAAAAAUCAAAUAUGAUGGAAUAAGAGUGAAAUAGUAUAUAAUUUAGUUAAUCUUAGUUUAGAUAGAUCUGUUUUUUAUUAAAUAUAUUAAUACUUGACUGAA